AUGGCGGGGACUGGAGUAGCCUUGCUGAUCGCAGCAGCAGGAUCUGGGGCGUCUGAACGAGUGGGAAGCGCACAGGCGAGGGGAGCGACGGUUGGGCCUGCAGGGGCUUCAGCAGCCGUGCUCGAACGCGUCAGUUCGUAUGACACGGCGGAGGAGGAGGGGGCGGAGGAGGGAGCGGAGGAGGAGGGAGCGGAGGAGGAAGACGAAGAGGAGAGGGAAGAGGACGAGAGAGAGGAGGAAGGGGAGGUGAAGGAAGAGGAAGAGGACGACGAGGAGGAGCGGGAAGCGGAGAAGGAGGAAGAGGAAGAGGAGGAAGAGGAGGACGAGGAGGAAGGGGAGGAAGAGGAGGAAGGGGAGGAAGAGGAGGAAGAGGAGGAAGAGGAGGAGAAAGAAGAGGAGGAGGAAGCGGACGACGACUGUGGCAGAGCGGAGGAGAGAGCAGAAGCAGUUGCAUUGAACGAGUAG